UGGUUUUACUAAGAACACACACACUUUCCUCUGUUCCUCCCCUCCUCUACUCUUUUUUUUUGCAUUUGAUUGGCCGCGGCGGGGAGAGGAGGAGGAGAGACUGACGGGCUGGCACAAAUUCCUCAGCGCUCCUCGAAUUUCUUGAAAUCACGGAUCUCCUGUUCGCCUUCGCCCCGACCGAACAUCCAGACCAGCUCCCCUCCUCCUCCGUGCACAUAACCGAGCCGAGCAGCUUUAACUAAAAUGAUGUUGCGAAGUGUCGCUGCUCUCCUUCUGCUGGCCGUGGCUGUCUCCAACGCUGAGGAGCUGCAGAGCAAGAGCAAAGUGUGUGCAAAUGUGUUCUGUGGGGCCGGCAGAGAGUGUGCUGUUACAGAGAAAGGGGAGCCCAGCUGUCUGUGUAUAGAGAGCUGUAAGCCCCACAAGAGGUCAGUGUGUGGCAGCAAUGGUAAGACCUACAGGAAUCACUGUGAGCUCCACAGGGAUGCUUGUCUGACUGGCUUGAAGAUACAGGUGGCCCAUGAUGGACACUGCCAUGAGAAGAAAGCAGAGCAGGCAGCUGCCAGCCCUGUGGUUUGCUACGCUGCUGACCGCAAUGAGCUGAGGAGGCGUGUGGUCCAGUGGCUGCAGACUGAGGUUGUCCCAGAUGGCUGGUUUGCCAAGGGAUCCAACUUCUCUGACAUCCUGCUCAAAUACUUCAAGUCAUAUGACAAUGGUGAUUCUCAGCUGGACUCCUCAGAGCUGCUCAAAUUCAUCCAGCAGAAUGACUCAGUUGUGGAGUUGCAGUCCUAUGCAGACCAAGAGAGUAACAAGCUGCUCAGGAGCCUGUGUGUGGAUGCCCUCAUUGAGCUCUCUGAUGAAAACGCCGACUGGAAACUGAGCUUUGAUGAGUUCCUGAACUGCCUGAAGCCUGGCUUCAAUCCACCAGAGAAGAAAUGCGCCUUGGAGGAUGAGACAUAUGAGGACGGAGCAGAGACUCAAGUAGAAUGUAACCGAUGUGUUUGUGCAUGUGGUAACUGGGUCUGCACUGCUAUGACCUGCACUGACAAAACAGCAGCUGUGGAUGAGUCAGCAGAUGCUGGGGCGGAGAUGACUGAGGAGGAGUGGAACCUCCGUGUGGCUGAGCUCAACAAGCACCAGGAAACAGUUCAGAAGAUGAAGACUAGCACAAAGGAGGCCUAAAAAAGGACGCAAUGAAGGAGAGGAUGCAUGUCAUCCCCCUUCCUCCAUACUUGAUUGACCUUGCGGCCAUGUGUUAUUAGACUGACUUUUUCAUGUUUCUCUGCUAUUUUAAUUAUUAUACAUGUUUUACAAGUGUUUGUGUUGAUGUUUGUUAGAUUCAGGGGCUAUCAAAGAGUAUCAUAGGAUUCCCUUGUGUUCAGUACUGUCAUUUUUGAUUGUAUUACUGCGCCUCUACACCAGCCCUGGGGCUAUUUCUACGACAAUCCUUAUAUUUUUACAGUUAUUAUGAAAAAAACUGUCAAGUUGUCACUGUUUUGGAAUAUGGAAGUCAUUGUUUCAUCGGAGUAGAGAGAUAGCUGACUACUUGACACGUAGUGCAGCGUGUUUUUCCAGCUUGGUUAAAAGGACCUGGUUUAAGAGGGUAUAGCUACUAGUGAUUUUUAUAUUUUUUUGCCAUUUAGAACUGCCACCAUAGGCCACUACUUGACCAAUGCAAUUGUCUUUUCUUUCUGUCUAGCUUUCUUAGGCUUUAGUUCAUCACAAGCCUGAAAUGUGUUUGUAUCUUACUGCAAAAGUAUUAAUUUUGCUGCAAAAUAGUUUGCUUCUAUGUACAGUAUGUUAAUCGACUUGAGUUGGAACUCAUCUUGUUCCCAUGUUAUGCUCAGGCAAGUCUCUCUGGUUCUUUUUUGGUUAAACAUUCUAAUAUCAAUAUGGAGCAGCACAACUGCACCCAGAUGAGACCUGAUCUUUGAAUAUAGCAUGGUGAAAACUAAAACCAAAGUCUUGAUGAAGUGUUUGAAUGAUGUACAAAAUUCUCCAAGUAAAACAUUACUUUGGACCCAGCAACAACACUAUACCUGUGCUUUCAAAAUCACUCUAACAGAAGGACUAGCCUCACUGUCAGCUAAAGUAGCAUAGACGCAUCAAUAACUGGGUGCAUUAUUUGUGUGUGUGUGUGUGUGUGUGUGUGUGUGUGUGUGUUGAGAGUAGUUUGGUCUGUUUAACGUGUUUUAUUUGUUUAAAAACCUGUAUCCUAAAUUGGGAGUAUUGACUAAAAAUUCAGUGCCUUAGACCUGCAAAAAGUGUAGGUCUCUACCUUUGCCCGCACGUGGGCAAUUAUGUCAUGUGGCAUGGAAUGAAUGAGUUUAGUUUAGCAGUAAACUAAUGCUUUGUGACUCUAUCUCUGAUAAAUGUCUGUGUGAAAGUUGCAUUAGUAGGUUCAAGCUAAAUCUUUAUAUUUCACUAGAAGUGCAGAGACUGUAAGGAAUAUGUACGUAUGUAUGCCAAUAAAAACCAUACACCACAACA